CGGGAGGCUGGGGUGGCCGCAGCCCUGUGUGCGCGCCGGGCCGGCUAGCUGCGGGGCGGGGGAGCGGCGCCCCAGAGCGCCCCGCCUAGCCUCCCGCGCGCAGCCUCUACCCUGCUCCGCCACAGACACACACCCACCAAGCACCCACCGCCCUCCGCCCUCCGCCCUCCGCCCUCCGCCCCCGCCCCCGCGGCCGCCGCCGCCGCCGCCGCUGCGCCUCGGGCAGCCCCAGCGAGCGGCAACUCCCGGGCUGGCGCGGCUCGCUUUCUGGCUCCUUCCGCGCGGCGAGCUCAGCCCCGCUCGAUUUUUCCUCUUCUGUUCCAGCCCUCUCUUGUCUGGGUGGCUGUGGCGGCGGCAGGGGGAUGGGGACCCCGCGUGGGGAAGGGGGUGAAGAUCGAUGAAGAUUAUUGUUCUUUUAAAGGAUGCCUUAGCUUCCUCCCGCCGCCUCUCCUCUGAGCCUUCCUACUAGAGACCGUGAACCAGAGUCAGGGAUGUAAAGACAGGGGGAAAGCACGCCAGGAGCUCCAGCCAGCCGGGGAGACCCUCCUCUCUGUGGCGGGGAGGGGGAUUUCCAGCGACAGAUCAUUGGCGAAGGGGAUCGUCGCGGGGAGAGGCUCCCCGGAGGGAGCGGGGAAUCCCACAGCCCUUUGUGGUGCCCGAGCCCGUGCCGCCUGCUGAGCGGGGUCUGUGGGAGCUAGCUUUGUCAGUGGAAAUGCCUGCCCCAGAGGGAUAUUGCUUCAGUUGACCUCAUUUUUUAAGGACCCUGGCUCUGCGGCUUUGUCCAGUUCAAAAUGGCAGAAAAGGCUCCCCCGGGCUUAAACAGGAAGACUUCAAGGUCGACACUUUCCCUUCCUCCAGAGCCUGUGGACAUUAUCCAGAGCAAAACAUGCUCCAGGAGAGUUAAAAUCAACGUGGGGGGCCUCAACCACGAAGUCCUGUGGAGAACGCUGGACAGGCUGCCCAGGACGCGCCUGGGGAAGCUUCGAGACUGCAACACACACGAGAGCCUCCUGGAAGUGUGCGACGACUAUAAUCUGAACGAGAACGAGUAUUUCUUUGAUCGGCAUCCAGGAGCCUUCACUUCCAUUUUAAAUUUCUACCGGACCGGGAAACUCCAUAUGAUGGAAGAAAUGUGUGCACUUUCAUUUGGCCAAGAACUUGAUUACUGGGGGAUUGAUGAGAUCUACUUGGAGUCCUGCUGCCAGGCCAGAUAUCAUCAAAAAAAAGAACAAAUGAACGAAGAACUGAGGCGAGAGGCAGAGACUAUGCGAGAGCGAGAAGGAGAAGAGUUUGAUAAUACCUGCUGCCCUGAUAAAAGGAAGAAACUGUGGGACUUGCUGGAGAAACCUAACUCAUCAGUGGCUGCAAAGAUCCUGGCCAUCGUGUCUAUCCUGUUCAUUGUGCUUUCCACCAUUGCUUUGUCUCUCAAUACGCUGCCGGAGCUGCAGGAAACGGACGAAUUUGGACAACUCAAUGACAACCGCCAAUUAGCACACGUGGAGGCUGUGUGUAUUGCAUGGUUUACCAUGGAGUACCUUUUGCGAUUCUUAUCCUCACCAAAUAAAUGGAAGUUCUUCAAAGGCCCACUGAAUGUCAUUGAUUUGCUGGCCAUCUUGCCGUACUAUGUCACCAUUUUUCUGACGGAGUCCAACAAGAGCGUGCUGCAGUUCCAAAACGUGAGGCGCGUGGUCCAGAUCUUCCGAAUCAUGCGCAUCCUCAGGAUCCUGAAACUCGCCAGGCAUUCAACAGGCCUGCAGUCUCUGGGUUUCACCCUUAGGCGGAGUUACAAUGAAUUGGGCUUGUUGAUAUUGUUUCUGGCCAUGGGGAUAAUGAUAUUUUCCAGCCUGGUAUUUUUUGCUGAGAAGGAUGAAGAUGCUACCAAGUUCACCAGUAUCCCUGCAUCAUUUUGGUGGGCCACCAUCACCAUGACCACUGUUGGCUAUGGUGACAUUUACCCUAAAACAUUACUAGGGAAAAUUGUGGGAGGCCUGUGCUGUAUUGCUGGGGUUCUGGUUAUUGCCCUUCCUAUCCCAAUUAUUGUGAACAAUUUUUCUGAGUUUUACAAGGAGCAGAAACGCCAAGAGAAAGCAAUUAAAAGGAGGGAGGCUCUUGAGCGGGCCAAAAGGAACGGAAGCAUCGUUUCUAUGAACUUAAAAGAUGCCUUCGCUCGAAGUAUGGAACUGAUAGAUGUGGCUGUUGAGAAGGCCGGAGAGUCCGCCAACACAAAGGACUCCGCCGACGAUAAUCACCUGUCGCCAAGCCGGUGGAAGUGGGCCAGGAAGGCUCUGUCGGAAACAAGCUCCAACAAGUCUUUCGAGAAUAAGUACCAGGAGGUUAGCCAAAAAGACUCCCACGAGCAGCUGAACAACACGUCUUCCUCCAGCCCACAGCAUCUGAGUGCCCAGAAACUGGAGAUGCUAUACAAUGAAAUCACCAAGACACAGCCUCAUUCUCACCCAAACCCAGACUGCCAAGAAAAGCCUGAGAGGCCAUCUGCAUAUGAAGAAGAGAUUGAAAUGGAAGAAGUGGUGUGUCCACAGGAGCAGCUGGCCGUGGCACAGACCGAGGUCAUUGUGGACAUGAAGAGCACCUCCAGCAUCGACAGCUUCACCAGCUGUGCCACCGACUUCACAGAGACAGAGAGAUCGCCGCUGCCGCCGCCCUCCGCCUCUCACUUGCAGAUGAAGUUCCCAACCGACCUCCCAGGGACAGAAGAGCACCAAAGAGCUAGGGGCCCCCCGUUUCUAACUCUAUCCAGAGAGAAAGGGCCUGCUGCCAGGGAUGGCAUGCUGGAGUAUGCCCCAGUUGACAUGACUGUGAACCUCGAUGCCAGUGGCUCCCAGUGUGGGCUACAUAGUCCUUUGCAGUCUGACAAUGCCACCGACAGUCCUAAGAGCUCUCUAAAAGGCAGCAACCCACUAAAGUCCAGAUCCCUCAAAGUGAACUUUAAGGAAAAUAGAGGCAGUGCACCACAGACCCCGCCCAGCACAGCCAGGCCACUGCCAGUCACGACAGCUGACUUUUCGCUCACUACCCCGCAGCACAUCAGUACCAUCCUCUUAGAAGAAACCCCCUCCCAGGGAGACAGACCCUUGCUGGGAACUGAGGUUUCAGCGCCUUGUCAGGGACCUUCCAAAGGGCUGUCCCCCAGGUUUCCCAAGCAGAAACUGUUCCCUUUCUCUUCAAGAGAGAGGAGGAGCUUCACUGAAAUAGAUACUGGUGACGACGAAGACUUCUUAGAGCUCCCAGGGGCAAGGGAGGAGAAGCAGGUGGACUCCAGCCCAAAUUGCUUUGCAGAUAAGCCUAGUAAUGGGAGAGACCCUUUAAGAGAAGAGGGCAGUAUGGGCUCUUCCUCCCCGCAGGACACAGGUCACAACUGUAGGCAAGACAUUUACCAUGCUGUGAGUGAAGUCAAAAAGGACAGUAGUCAAGAAGGGUGCAAGAUGGAAAAUCACUUGUUUGCCCCAGAAAUUCAUUCCAACCCAGGAGACACAGGUUAUUGUCCCACACGUGAAACCAGCAUGUGACUAGUUACAAAAGCAAUAAAUUGAAAAAAAAAACAAAAACAAAACUUGUUUCUUAAAAAUGCGGUUAAUAAUGCCUGUGAACUAAAAAAAUGGGAAGCCCUCCCCAAAAAAAGUGCAUAAAAUGUUAUUUUUGCAUGGCAUGAACAGUUUAGCUUAAGUACUGUUUAAAUAAAGAGUCAAGACUGCAUUUUGUAACAAACCAACAAAAAUGACUGAAGAACAGUGAACAAAUAAAAAGAGCUCUAUUAGGAACCAGUA